GAUUCUCCAUUCUCCUCUCUGCACCGUGCCGUCGUCCGCAUUUCAUUGUGGCUGCGGCCUCGUAAUCUCUGCAGUGCAUCAAUCAGUCUGAAUCAUACUUAUCUUUGGGUCGGCUCCGAAGUGAACCAUAUGUUCCACGUUAGCGACACUUGUUGAGUUUUGGUUUGAUUCUCCCGGUUUUCCUAAACAUGACUAGCGAUGUAUUGAGAUCCUGAUGCAUCGGAAGCAGGCUGACGUUGCUGCCAACUACUCUCACGAGUACAGUCUUCUUCGGGAUGCUGUAGACGAUACAAAUCCGAGCCGUGCCAAGAUGGACCCUUACAUGGGAGUGGGGCCUCCGCCAGACCUGCGUGUGUUCACCGUGGGUUUCGGCCUGGUACAGCUCGUGGGGCUCACCUGCGUUGUGUUGGUGGCCGUGUGGACGAACCAUUUCCUAGGUGGGUUCGCCGGGCCCAGCAACCCAAAGCUCGAGUUCAACUACCAUCCCCUCUUCAUGGUUCUUGGUCUUAUCUUCUGCUAUGGGAACGGCAUCCUUGUUUAUCGUGUGCUCCGCCACGAGCGCAAGACCCGACUGAAGCUCCUGCAUGCCGGCCUCCAGGGGCUGUCCUUCAUAUUUGCUGUGGUAGCUCUCAAGACAGUUUUUGACUCGCACGAUUUGGUACCUUCUCCUAUUCCCAACUUGUACUCCCUGCACAGUUGGCUUGGCCUCACAGCAGUCAUACUCUUCUCAAUGCAGUUUUUUGUAGGGUUUGUGACUUUCCUGUUUCCGGGACUGGGCCAGCUGCUGCGGGCCAAGUACCUUCCGCUCCACGUCUUCUUCGGUCUCGCUAUUUUCGUCAUGGCUGUGGCUGCGGCUCUCAUGGGCAUCACGGAGAAGCUCAUAUUUAAACUGACACCUGGAGGGUACAGUGCAAUGCCUAACGAAGCAUACCUUGCAAACUUCCUCGGGCUCCUGCUCGUCAUCUUUGCAUCCCUCGUCGUCUACCUUGCAACACAAACUGCGUACAGACGACAGCCUUUGCCAGAGGAGGCAGCCCUUCCUCUAGAACCUCAGACCCCAGCUGACUGCCAAUGGUUGCCUCAUUCGCAGGAGUGCCAACAGUGUGUUCAUCUCCCCCGUGGUCGCUCCCAAUGCCAUCGAUAUCCUCCUUUCCGGAACCAAACGUUAAAAGAAGGAAAGUCCAAACAAAUCGCUUCUUCGCCUGAUGACAUUGGACAUGAUGUUCAGCACAUAUGCUGAGCAUACUGCUGUCUACACUGACGGAUCCUCUACGGCCUUAUCCUUGUAAGCUCGGCCCCUUUGGCAUGAAGUCGGUUUAGGUGCCCCACGGAAAUCGCCCUGCGCUCUACAUAUCCUCUAUGUC